AAUACGAAUUUAGAGCUUCGCACACGCUGAAGCUCAGUCGAAUUAAAAACAAAAAUAAUGAAACUAUUACACAUUGUGCUGCUUUGCCUGGGCCUGUGGCUCUGCCUGUGUCCGGUUCCUGGAGAGGCGCGACGACUGCAGCGCGAGGCUAGUGCGGCGCCCGAGCCGCUGCUGAAUGCGGAGCUGGCGGCCGGUGAGUCGCUGAAGUCGGAGGAGUUUGUGUCGGAUGCAACGACCACGCCGAAGCCGCUGGGCAUCGUCUCCAUCAAAUCGCGGGCCAUCGCCAUGGACCGAGCCCUGUGCAAGGAGCAGUCGCGCUACCAUCCCCACUUCCCCAAGUGCCAUCAGUACUGCAAGCGGCUCGACCACUGGAUUGGCCAGUGCUGGCGCGAGAGCUGUCACUGCAUCUCCUGAAUGCAACGCAGCUAAGCUACCAGUUCCAGCUCCAGCUCCAGCUCCCGCUCCAUUCACAUUUCCAGCCCACCUUGCGAUGCAGACCCAGCAGCUGUUCCAGCACGCAACUGCUCCAGCUCCAGCUCCAGCACCAGCUUCAAUUCCAGCUGCUGUUUCUGUAUCUAGUUCAUCUUCAAUUCCAGUUUUAGUUCCAGUCAUCAUGCCCCCAGUUCUAGCUAAAGUGCACAAUGGAUUUAGUUUCAAUUCAUUUCCAGCUUUAGCAACUGCAUCAGCUCCAGCUCAAGGGAUCUAGUUGCAGUUCUAGUUCCAGCUCAGCAUUACUCACUGACUCCAGCUCAAGUUGCUACCUAAGCUAGUUCCAUCCACAGUUCUACUUCCAGCUCCAGUUCUUGGAUUAGUUUCCUCAACUUUGCUACCUGCGGUUCUAGAUCCAGUUCCGGCUCCAGUUACAGCUUCAGU